GAUUACAAACAUGGGCAUGCUGGAUGCAGUCCUUGUUGCCAUAAGCCACAACAUCUCCUUUGUGGGUAAAACCUGGUGGCUACUAAUGGUAGGCCUACGUCUUAUUGUGGUCCUGCUGGCCGGCUUCACCCUCUUCAGUGAUGAGCAGGAGCGCUUCGUCUGCAACACCAUCCAGCCGGGUUGCUCCAACGUCUGCUUCAACCUGUUGGCGCCCGUUUCCCUGUUCCGCCUCUGGCUGCUCCACAUCGUCCUCCUGUCUCUGCCGUACCUCAUGUUCGCCACACACAUCGCGCACAGGCUCCUGUGGGAUCCCAACUCUGGAGCGGGCUACAUGGCGAUAAACCGCCAUGGGAGUCAGGGAAGCCCUUGCUCCACGCCAGAGAUUUCCCAGUUCCUCCUUCUUCAUCAUCAUCAUCAUCAUCAUCAUCUUCCUGGGCAGGACCCCCCCCCGUGCGUGCGGCCCGUGCCGAGCUUCCACUAUGCCUACCUGCUGGUCGUGACCGUGCACAUCCUGAUGGAGGCGGCCUUCGUGGCGGGUCACGUCCUGUUCUUCGGGUUCUUCAUCCCAAGAAGCUUCCUGUGCUACGAGGCCCCGUGCACGUCGGGCGUGCAGUGCUACGUCUCCCGGCCCACAGAGAAGACGCUGAUGCUCGACUUCAUGCUGGGCCUGGCCUGUCUGUCAGUGGUGCUGAGCCUGGUGGACCUUGUGGCCGGCACACGCCGGGCUCUGAGGCGGCGGAGGAGAGCGACGUCUGUGUCGGAGGCGAUGGGCAAAGGAGAGCAGAGCAGCGUGUCCUCCAACGCGAGUGGUGCAGGAGACCUCAACCUCCUCUUGAACAAGAGGACGGCCAACGGGUUUGAGAGCGACAUCCAAGCCACGCCUAGCUCCUCUACAGACAGUGUGCCUAAUGUCGCCGCCGCGCUGAAGGGCGAGGCAGACGGUAAGGCUGGCAAGCUGACCGACGAGAAGGGCUUGCCGUGGCAACACAGUGGCAACGGAAAGAUCGGGUUCUUGACGAAUCCAAAAGCCAUGCCGCUGCCCUUCGUCGUCCACAACCAGCAGAAACCUCCAGAGUUGGCUUCCCUGGACGGCAGCCUAGCACCGAGGCUGGAGAACUUCACCCCGGCUGACACUAGGAAACAGGGCCAGCUAGCCUCAAUGGAGUCCACCUCUACCUCCAGGCAGAACUCUACCCCCAGUGAGGGUCCUGACAAGAGGGCUUGGGUUUAGAACAAAGCAAAUCUCCAGAAACUGUAAUGUUGAAUUGUAGCUUUUAAACUGUGAAUGCAUGUAAAGAGUUGGUUGCUGUACCUUUUAUUUAAUGCAAUGAUCAUAAUAAUAAUCAUUGUUUUUCAAAGGAAUUAUUAUAAGGUCCCUACAUGAGUUUCAAAGUUGGUUAAUAUUAUGUGUUUAUUUUCUUAUUUUUAGUUUUAUAGUUUUAUCAGGAAUAAUUUAAUGAUGUAGAAAACAAGCCCUGGAAUGUAGUUUUAACACUUGAAUGCUCCUUUUAUAAAAGUGGUGUAUUAUAGCCCCACUAGAUACAAAUGUGCAAAUAAAAACUGGCUGGUGCCAUUAUGUGCCCAAGCGUUCCUCAUAAAUACCAGACAUAAAAAAAACAAGCUAACCUUGGAGAUACAGUGGUUACAGAACUCAGCUGUUGGGGUGACUGAGUUCAGCCACUAAAGACACUGACCUGACCUCUGAACCUCUGACAUAGCCAUGUAUUCUCUCAGUCAUGUCAGUCAGCCCUGACCUAGUUGAAGACGACCAUCGCCAUUUGACGUAUUGCAACCUCCUCAACUGACCUGCAUCUAUGUGGUGGUCUUUCUUUUUCUAUCCAUGUCUGUCCAUCUGUCUCCUAUGUAUCUGGCCAGCUAGCUACAUAUACAGAGCUAUUACAUUCGUUUUUUCUUUUUAUUAUUAUUUAAAGUAUUAUACUAUACUAAGUGUUUCACUUUUUUAGCUAAGCCUUUUUUAGUUUGCUAAAGGAAAGGCUAC